CCCUCGCUCUCCCGAUUGAAACUUUUCCCCGUUAUGUUUCCGAAAAUAUAACGCUGUUCCCCGUUCUCCACGAAAAAUUCGACUGUGAUAAAACUCGGAGUUCGGCGAUCGAACCUGAGGAGUGAAUUCAAAUAUUUCGUGUGCUGUAUUGUGUAGUUGGGAUUUUGUGCCUCAGUUCAAUCCGGCAAUAGCUUCCGUGUUUACCCGAAAGUUUAAGACUUACGCGAGGAUUAUCAGUUCACGAGAUAACAAUCAGCUUAUUCCGCUUGUUAUACAAAUCGCUUCCAAUAGCUUCUUUAACAGUGCUCUCAAUUCACGAGUAGUUCGCCGAGAAAACCCGCACUAUCAUGAUGUAUACGUCAACUUUAUCAAUGCCCAUAAUACGAGGAGAUCAAGGAAGUCAGCCUAGGACCACUUUCAAACCCCCAUGGGUCCGAGAUGGACCAAGUCCUUUGCCAAUGCCAGCUGCACCCUGGACAGCAAGAGCUAGAGAAAAUGCGGCGGGCUCAGGAUCAACAGAGGAUGCACCCAAGUUUGAGAGACCAACCCUGAGGAAGCAAAGCAAAAUCAAUAUAGUGCCUUCACAGCCUGCUGAAAAUGGUCAGGUGAUAAAUGCAACCAAUCAAAAACCACCGACAAAUCCUACAAACCGAAAAGUAUCAACAGAGAAAAUUGUACCUAUUUUUCGGGACUCAUCAUCACAAAACUCAAAUCAGAAGAAAGCAGCUGAGGCUCCAGCGCAACGACAGCCCCCGGUGAAAGAUUCUGCCAAACCACCUCCAGCGAAAGAUGCUGCAAAACCACCGCAACCUGGUGCACCUCCAAUGCCUCCUCCACCUCCACCUACUACAGGAAUGCCACCACCACCUCCCAUGCCAGGAGGUUUGCCGCCAAUUGAGAGGAAACCACCAACUCCAGAGAAACUUGCUAAAUUAGAAGCACUGAGAAGCAGGCCAAGGAGGCGACCAGAUUGGACAGACAUGAUGAAAGAAGUGGAAAGUGGAAAAAAAUUAAAGCACGUAGAGUGCAACGAUAGGAGUGCUCCUGUUUUGCCCAAUGCGGUAGACAAAGCAAAAGGACAGUUUGUGUACGAUUCUGAGACAAAAUCUAAAGAUGAUUCACACAAUGCUCUACUGAAAGAAAUUCAAGGCGGCAUCAAGCUGAAAAAAGUCAAAACUAAUGACAGAAGUAAACCCAAUAUAGAUGGUUUGCGAAAGUUCAGAAGACAGAUGACAAUUGAAGAAAAAAUACAGAAGUCAAUGUCAAUGGCAGAUGUUGUAGCCGCAGCAGCUGAACCAGAUGAGCUAGACGAUAUUGACAAAGUUCGAGAUGAUCUUCAAUCAAGUAAACAAAUGCUUGCUCAAGAGCUACGAAAUAAGGAGGCUUUGGAAAGAGAAAAUAAACGACUAAUGGCUAGGUUACUCAAUUUAGAAGCUGAAUUAGAAAAGGAAAAAAGCAUGCGGCAAAUAGAGGCUGAGAAAGGUGCUACAGUGGUGACAUCCAGAACAGAAGAGGAUGAGAAGCUGAUAGUAAAACUCAAAGAGGAGGCUCAAGAGGCAGACAAGGUCGCCAAAGAGAUGGAGGAGAAAUACCAUGCAACCGCAGAGGAAUUGGAUAACACACGACGGAAACUAGAAAGCGCUUGGCUGCGGAACCAAGAGCUGGAAAUUCAGCUAAAAGCAGCCGAGGCACAAGGGGUCAAACUCCCAGCAUCUCUUAUUAAAGCGCCUUCAUCCAAAAAAUUAGCCCAAUCCAUAGCAAACAUGGCAAAUGGCAAAUCGUUAGAUCUCAGUGAUACUGAUUCUGAGGAGUACGAGGAAGAAACGGAGACAGAAUCAGAAGACAGCGAAAACGAGGCCAAUGCUGCAGAGAAAGAGGAACGACGGACUGCUAGAGAAUUAAGAUUAUUAGAAAGUAAAGUGAAAUCUUACAAGGAGAAACAACAGGCUGCCCAAAAAGAGCGCAAAGUUUUACAGGAGCAGAUGAAAAAGCAACAGAAAACUUUGAGAGACGAAAAGAGAAAGUUUAAGGUUCUUCAGAAGGAAGUGGAUAAAAUGGCUAAACUAAUGCGAGAUGCUGAAGAAGAAGAAGAGGAGGAAGAAGAAGAAGAAGAGGAAGUAGAGGAGGAGGCAGAGGAAGAAGAGGAAACUGAAACCGAGAGUGAAAGCGAGGAAAGCUCAUCGGAGGAGGAGAGCGAUGAUGAAGUCCCAGAGGAUGCCGAUACUGAAACCAAGAAAAAACUAUUAUCAGAUAUAUCAAAACGAUAUGAAAAUAGACUAACGACGUUGAAAAAGGGGAACUAUUUAAUGAAAGCAAACAUUGAUAGGCUCCAAGAUGAUAUAAGUAGGCAGAGAGAAAUGCAAGUCGAGUUGCAAGAAGACUUAAAUUCGGUUUUAACUGAUUUGGGAUAAAUCCAUCUUUAUCUUUCCAUCAACAACACAGCAAUAGUGAGACUAGAAAAUCAUCAACUAUCUAACAAAUUUUGCAGGGUGAUAAUUUUUCUUGGCUUUCCAAAAUCCCUAACUUUUAAGUAAUUUUCUAAGCACUAUUUCUCAUAGAAAUUCUGUUGACGAAAACUCUAUUACCUAAUGGCUGAUAAAGUUUAUAUUUAUCUUUCUAAGUUGUUGACUUAUCUGAACCAAAAAUUUGUAUAAGCUGACAAAUCUGUAAAUUUUUACAAUGAAAAUAUUGUUGAGACUAACUUAUUAUUUAGAUCUGAGGAGUCAAGGAUGAAAAUGUAAACUUUUCCUUGUGGAUAACUUGUAAAAACGGACUUUGGGAUGUGAAAGACUAGGGGGAGAAUAAAAAAGGUUUUCUUUCAAGAAGCACCCCAAAAUAAACUGAACACUUGCAAAAGGCAAGUAUCUUGCAGAUAAUGACUCCGCAGUUUUCUACACAUUGGUCAUGUUAUAUCUAGAUUAAGUUUCAAACUUGUUAAUUCAUUGCUUUAAUGUUUCAGUAAUUUAAUUUUGUUAUCAAUCUAAUUUAACUUAUUUAAGUUCUACUUUUGAGGGGAAAUUGAUGCGUUUUAAAUUAUUCCCAACUAUUUAUAAAUAAUUAAUUUUUAAUUGAUUUUUACUUCCUUGAAAUAAAAUUGAAUCAUUUUAA